UGUUUGUUUCCCCUAGGUCAGUUAUUAACGCGACACUUGGGCCUUGAAGUUGGGUGAACUUUGUUAAUUCUGUCCUUUUCUGUGUGGACGCCGAGAGGGAGAACAGCUGCAGCUCAACAUUCCGAACUUGUGCUCUGAGACAAACGCAGUCUUCUCUUAAAACAAUGUCUGAACGUCUGAAGGACCAUCUUCAAUGUCCCACCUGUCUGGACGUCUUCAUAGAUCCUGUCAUGCUCUUGCCGUGCAGUCACAACUUCUGCCGUGCGUGUCUGCAGCAGUGGAAGGACAAAGGAGAACGAUCGUGUCCAAUCUGUAUGACACAGUUUAGUUUGAUGGAUCCGCCUCCGAACUUGGCACUGAAGAGUAUGUGUGAGAACCUCUCACGAGGCUUAGUCAAGUCAGAAGACGACUGCAGCUUGCACAAAGAGAAACUGAAACUCUUCUGUUUGGACCACCUGGAUCUUGUGUGCCAUAUCUGCAGAGAUGCAGAAACCCACGUUGGUCACAAGUUCCGGCCCGUUGAAGAAGUUGUGGAAUAUGCCAAGGAAAUACUCCAGGAUUACGACGACUGUCGAGAGAACUGCAACGAACAGGCAGAGUACAUCAAAGUCCAGAGGGAGAAUGUCGAAUGCAAGAUUAAGAAGGAUUUUGAGGAGCUCCGUCGCUUUCUCGACGUCGAGGAGGAGGCCAGGUUGGCUGCGGUAAGGGAGGACGAGACCAAGAAGAAUCUAAUGACGAAGGCGGCUCUCGGCGAACGAACGGCCGCUCUCUCGGAUGUCAUCAGAAGCGCUGAGGAGCAGCUGACGUCUAGCAAGGUUUCUUUCAUGAAGAAGUUCAAGACUGCGAUGAGCAUAAUCCAAUUGCUGCCGGAAAAGUGGCAGCUGCUGCCAGGAGGUCUGCUGGACGAAGCCAAACACGUGGGCAACCUCAAGUUCAAAGUGUGGGAGCGGAUGAAGGAGACGCUCGCCUACAGUCCCGUCAUUCUGGACCCCAACACGGCCAAUCCAGGAAUCAGUCUGUCCGAAGAUCUGAGCAGUCUUAGUUGGGAAGACGUACAGCAGAAACGUCCAGAGAAUCCAGAGAGGUUCCAGACGUGGCAGUCUGUGCUGGGUGGUGCUUUGGACUCGGGAAGACACGUGUGGGACGUUGAGGUGGGAGACAACGAAAUCUGGAUAGUGGGGAUCUUGUGGGGGGAACCUUGUUUGCCAGAGAAAAUGAUUGGUUGGUACAUCAGCUUUUGUGAUGGUGAAUACAAAAAGCCCGCUUGCAAAUCUGGAGAAUGGAAUCCGCCUGUUAAAGUGCAGAGGAUCCGAGUUGAAGUGGACAUGAAAGAAAGGGUGGCGUCCUUCUCUGAACCUCUCACGAACACCGAAUUGUGGAACACUAAGAAGCCUACCAUUUGGCCAAACUUGUCCGGUAAAACCAAAAUGUAUCCUUACUUCUCCACAGAAUGUAAAAUUCCUCUAAAAAUAGUCCCCAUUCCACCUGGUGUUACGACUGCCAUUCACUAGCGGUCAUGUUGACACGGCUUGAUUUUUGUGCUUUUCAAUGUCAUCGAUAUCAUUCCUUUUCUUUGGAUUUGACUCUUUAUUGGCCAGGUCAUGUGAUAAGACUUUACUAGAGUCAAAAUAAUGAAGCAAUACAUUUUGACUGGAAGUAAUUCUACUCUUGCUUGAGUACAACUUUUGGCUACUCUCUUGUUAACAUUGAUUUACUUGUACUAUAAUACUUGUACGACAAUCAAUUUAUUUUAUAAGUACUUUGAAGUACUUUGAGUGUAAAAGUAAUAGUCACUAAUGCUUACUCGAGUACAAUGUUUGACUUCUCGUGACAGUGUGAAAAAUAUAUCAGACACAAGUAACUAAGUACUUGUGUAUUCUUUUCCCCAAAUUAUUUGGAUUGACAACUUCUUACUCCAGUACCAUUUUGGAAUACUCUAAUGAUGACAUGAUUUUCAAAAUAAAUGAUU